CAGUCCGUUAGGGUUUGGGAGAGAAUUGCCGAGGCGAGCUUGGCAGUUCUGCUCUCGAGAGACGAGAGGGGAGGAGGGGGGAGGGGAGGGCAGGGUUGGAGAGGAGAGGGGAGGGAAGGGUUCAUCAUUUCGGGAAUUAGGCAAAGGGGGGGGGGGGGCUCGAGGUGUAGCAAUUGCUUUCGUUAGGUUGACAGUUACAAACUGCGGGGUUUUUUCCGCGGAGUCGUUGGGUCUGGUCUGUGAGAUGAUUAUGUGACCCCAGCGCCGUGCUGCCACGAGCUCUGGCUGCGUAGACGCGACACAGCUGCGCUCCAUCGGACCCUUGCUUUGCUUUGUUUUCUGGUUGGGCGUUGGCAGUUACAGGGUUUCUGCGGCGAGGGGUUUACGGUUCCGCGUGCAACAUCCGAGCGAGGAUACAGUUUGAUGGUUACCGUUGCCGGACAGGUCGCCAGGAAUUCUUAACUCGCGAACGAGUCGAGGACUGGAGUCCGAGGAGUCUGUCAGUCAGUCCGUCGGUCAGUCCGCCCGUCUCUAGGUGUAGGACAGGACAGAACGCAGGAACGCCAUGAGGCAGAUGCACCGAGGCUCUGAUUGAUGCCCGGCCAUUUUGAGGGGAAUCUGCUCUCCGUCUCGUCCAGUCAGGAGGACCAAUUUUCGCAUUCGUUAGAGAUUCCAGCUCCGGGCCGAGCCAUGAUGGGUAUGAAGAAGCAAGAGAGGAGAAAAGGCUCCGUAAUGCACAAGAGCCAGCUCCAGGAGUACGCACAGAAGGCUGCCAUCCUCCCUCCCGUGUACGAAUUCGUGAAAGAGGGGGCUUCUCACGAGCCUCGGUUCAAGUGCAUCGUGAUUCUCAACGGCGUGAGCUACGAGUCGCCCCCGGGGUUUCCAAACCUGAAGUCCGCAGAGCACGCGGCCGCCAAGGUCGCGCUGGAUGCUCUGCAGCAGACGACCGAUGGGACGGGGGUUUCUCCGAGUCCUGUGCAUGAAUCGGGCCUGUGCAAAAACUUACUGCAGGAGUAUGCGCAGAAAAAUAGCUUACCGCUGCCUGUGUACCAAUCGACCAGGGCAGGCGAAGAUCAUGCGCCUACUUUCACUUCGAGUGUGGAGAUUGCCGGGGUAAAAUACAGCGGUGGCUCGGCUAAAAACAAGAAGGAAGCUGAGAUCAAAGCUGCGAAGACUGCACUGCUUGCAAUCCAGUCCGCAUUAGCUUCAACGGUAGAAGCUGAAGUUCCUGUUGUAUCUCCUGCUAAACCUCAAGUGGGUCUCUCGACUUUUAUUGACUCUCAGAUAAACAAUACCGGCCGAAAGCGAGGACGAGGAGCUCAAGCUUCAGCCGAGGAUAACACGGCCCGUCGUUUGAAGAUGGAGGAAACGCCCGCCGGGGUCAAGACUUCCUCGGAAACCCCGGUUCUCGCCACCCCUGCAAAGAUGGAAACGGACGAUUCUGCGCAAGUGAUCGCUUCCACGACGAAGCCGAUGAAGUCCGCGAAGAAGAAAGCAGAGAGAGCUCUUCUAAAGGAAGCAGCAGCGCUGGAAGCGACCAACAAGGAAGCCGAAUCUGGCGGAAAAGCUUCAGCUGCCACUCUGGUGACGAAAAGUGUGGCCAUAGCAGAUUUGCUUGCCACUCCUACAGCUCAAAAGAUUCUCGGUGUACUUUAGAAAUUGGAACAUGAACUGAUUGGUCAACGUCCCUUCUAGAAGUUCGUGUCGCAUGUAGAUGGAAUGGAGUGCUUACAACCAACCGGGUCCUCACGAUCGAUUGAUUGCGAGUUCCCCGCGAGUGGUGUGGAGUUUCUGGUGUCUAUCAAGAACCGAAAAGAGGAGUCCACACUCGAUACAAUCAUGCUUGAGACUGGACAGAAUGUUCCAGUAAUUGGAUCUCGUCGACUUAUCGUCACAGAUUACCGUAUUCUGUCCAUUUACGCAACUGCCAGGAGCGAAGGUCCAGGUUGUCCAUAAUGACUCAUGCUAAGCUCUUAGUGAUCAGUUUGUGACAGUGUCUGCUGAUUCUGAUCGGCCUCGAAAAUUUUGCCGCCCUAGAUCUCUUGUAGGCUGCAUUGGACGGCAGUGCAUUUGCAAGGGUUAGAGUUAGUUGAAAGUGUUUUACGAAACCUCUGUGUAAACAUCUAUUUAGUUAUACUUCGUACGUCGAGAGUGGGUACAUAUAAUCUUAAACUGUCUACCGCACCAUGUGUACUUCUCUGGUAUGUCUUUGAGUGGCAGUAAAGGUAGUUGAGCUUUCAGCUGACAAGGAUGUCCCACUUGAC